AUGCUUUGCAAAAGUCUCUGUUUCUUUCUCCUGAUCACAACUGCCGCAGCGACGAUUUCCGAUGGCUUUUAUCAACAUAUUUUGGAGAAUUUUGGAAAGGAAAUAGCCGAGAUUGUGGCCAGAAGAGAUGUGGGAGAGAAGGGAAGUUUCGGAGGUGGGGAAAGUGUUGGGCCGAUCAGGCAAAAGUGAGUUUUCCUACAAAAGUUUUGAGGGGAAAUCAAUGUGAUUUUGGUGAAAAAAUAAAAAAUUAAGAACUGUCUUGAAGCUUGGCCAAAGUUGACAUUAAAAUUGUCAAAGAGGUUUCUGAAACUUUUUGCUCGCGCUUUGCAGAAAUAACCGAGAUUUUUGGACCGAAAGUCAGAAAAAAUGUGAAAUUUUUUUUGCAAAUUUUGCCAUGAAAAGUUGCAUGUCUAUUUCUACCGUUGAGAGUAAUGUUUUCACAAAAAAAAAUAAUUUUUUCCGCACGAAACCGGCAAAGAUAUGGCCAAAAAGUGGUCUUUCUCUAACCGCUCUUCGAAUUUCGCAUGCUCUCUCGGCGAAAAAGGUCGUUCAAUAUCUCAGACCUCCUUGAAAAACAUGAGCUAAAACUUUAAGGGAUUUUCUGACCUAUGUCCAAAGUGUGUGAAAAAUUUAAAGAAAAUCUGAGCGUCACACUUGGGGAGACUUUAGUUGUGAGCAGGGAUUCCAACUCAUCAAACAAAUUUCAGUAAAAUCCCGAUUGUCUUUGCGCACGGUCAAACGCGGCUAGCCGGGAAUCUAAACUACAUCUUAACGAACUUCCUCGACAAUGGCUACACUUUCGAUGAGCUUUAUGCCACCACCUAUGGCACAAAUGUGACCUUGGAGAACCAUCUCUCGGAUGAACUGCAUUGUCAUUACGUCAAGGGGUUGCGUUGGAUGUUAGAGGCAGUUGCAUCCUACACACAGCACAGGCAGGUCGAUGUGAUUGGUUUCUCAUUCGGAGCUGGGCUGGCUCGAAAAGUAUGGCUUUUUUGUUGAUACUGCAUGACAAAAAAUAUACUAUUGCUCAAUGUGCAGGGUGACAAAAAAUGCAACUCACAUAGUCCUCUAACUACGACAUAUCUAAUCGGUUUCAAAGUGACCGCCCUUACCGGCGAUACAGCGCGCCUGCUCAAGCCUGAACAGCUUUUCAUCACUGAACACAAUGUUUUCCCAGCCCCGAAGUGCGGCGCGGACGUUCAACUUACGACAUCUUAGCCGUGCUCGCUUGUUUUCGGCGGUGAGGCGCUGCACUUUCUGGAGCUUAUAGGGCUUGAGGUGGAGCUCUCUUCUAGCAACAGAGGAUCUGUCAAGUAUACAGAUCCUCUGUUGAUGCCGGUCUCGCGGGCGAUUUUUCUCAUGGACACCAUGGGAUUUCGCUUCACUCGAUUUUUGAUGAUCUCCCGGUUGGCAGAAGUGUUUACAGUCCUCGGUCUUUCACUCUCGGGCCUUCUUCCUUCCAUAGUGGCCAAGUUCGUUGUAACGUUUUAUGGUUCGGGAAACAACGUCCUUUCUUACACCAAACAGUUGAACAAUCUCACACUGACGGUUUCCACGCGAAAAAGGUCCAAAAUCGAGGUCCUUCUGUCUGACAUCCUAAAAAGACAUGUUAGUUAAUCGAUAUGGCCAUAAAAAUAAAACGACUAGGAGAGAAAAAAUGGAGAUUUUUUAGGCUAAGAAUUAUUAGGCUACCCCAAAUAUUUUCGCGUCAGGACCCAUGAAAAAAAGUUGCAUUUUUUGUCACCCUGUGUGCAUAAUAUACUGCAGUUGGAGCACCUUGUAUGCACUUUGCAAGAAAAGUCAUAUAUCUUAAUUUUUUCAGGCCAUCCUUGGCGGCCGUUGUGUGGACACCAAGGAAGAUCUGGGAGGCCCAUUAACGCAUAAGAUCCGGAAUUACAUUAGUGUUGUGGGGGCGCAGCGAGGCCUCGCGAAAUGCGACAAGCUCAAGGAAUACGCGCCGGUUUGCAAUGAAAUUAAUGGGUUGUUUUGCAACAGUGACUUCAAUAGAGAUAUCAACGACCAUCGGUAUGUAGCAAACCACAGUGUAUAUCGCAAAACUUGCUUCAGCGACUUCACUGAUCAGUAGAGUGAGGGACCUGAUCCAGUGGCAAAAAACGUAUCAUUUUGCAUUCGGGAAGUAUCAAAAAUGUGGCAAAAUGCUUCCCUCUCCAAGUGAAAAACUUCGUUUUGAAAGGCUCCCUCAUAAAAAGAGUGGGCGCGCUUUUGAAAUCAGAGAUUUUUCACUUGGAGAGGGAGGUAUUUUGCCACAUUUCAGGUCCGUCACUGUAUGUAUACUGCAUUCAUACCUUGAUUUUAACCUAACACUGUAAAUCAUCAUCCCUUUCAGCUCCGGCUACGAAGCGACCCAUCGGAUUGUGGCCAUCGAAUCCACCGACGAUGAUAUUUUAGCGCCUGUCACUUCAUGCCGCGAAAACGCCGCGCUCUUCCCCGGCGUCAACGAGUUGUACACUGCAAGUUUCUACGGCUCUCGAAGCUUACAAUUGUCUUCCAGUUGCACGGUCUUGAUCAUCGAGCGGCCACGUGGUUCCUGGGCGAAAUGAUCUACAAUAUCUCUCAAGCAGAGCCACUUAUGGACUUGGAGAAGAUCUCAGAGAUGGUGGACAAAAAUGCCAGGACUUUUAGCGAUGAAGAUAUUGGACUUGUGCGGUAG